CAAUCUAAAAAAUGCAUUGGAGACCGAAAUGGACUAUUAAUUUGGAACGGAGGGAGUAUCCUUUGAGUCCUUAGGAUGGCAGCUACAUAUAGUUCAAAGGUUCAUGAACGGUAACUCCAGGCUCUAGCCAUCUUAAAAUGUUGUUCACCAUCAUUUCCCUCCUCCUCUUUCUUCCUCCAUUAACAAGUUCUUCAGAGACCUGGAUCAAAGCAGGUUCCUGGUUUUCUGGUGGCCAAUUCCAGGUUUCCGAUAUAGACUCAACUCUGUUCACUCACAUGGCAUUUGGUUUUGCGUAUAUCAACUAUUUAACUCAUGAGCUCUAUAUCCAACCCUCUGAUGAACCAUAUAUGCUCACCUUCACCGACAUCGUUCAGCGGAGAAACCCAUCAAUUGAAACACUUCUGACCAUCUUGGUUCAGUUGCCAGGAGAUACAAACUUCUCAACCUUCUAUUCAAUGGCUACCCAACCCUCUCACAGAACUUCUUUCAUUAAAUCAUCAAUACAAAAAGCCAGGCUUUAUGGGUUUCGCGGCCUGGAUCUUUGUUGCGUCACACCGGACACAAACACAACCAAGAUGGAAUCUAUGGGAAUUCUCUUUGACGAAUGGAGAACUGCGAUAAAUAGGGAAUCGAAGAAUUCCACCCGAUCACCGCUCGUUUUGACAAUGGCCGGUCAUUAUUUGCCUUCAAAAAACACCACAAGCUAUCCGAUGGAGUCGAUUCAAAGGAACCUCGAUUGGGUACACAUCGUAUCGUACUUCUAUCACUUACCCACCAUGGAAAACUUCACGGGCGCUCAUUCUGCUUUGUUUGACCCCUCGAGCAAUGUAAGUACGGAUUAUGGAAUUAAGGAAUGGAUAAGCAGAGGGUUACCUGCUAACAAGAUGGUUCUGGGGUUACUAUACGAGGGGUAUGCGUGGACACUUCUGGACCCCUCGGCCAAUGAGAUCGGAUCACCUGCAACGGGUCCCGCCAUUACGCGUGAUGGUUCGAUGUUCUACAAGGACAUCAAGUCAAAGAUGGGAUGUGAUGGAGAAAAAGUAGUGUAUAACUCCACUUAUGUCACGAAUUACUGCAUUAAUGAUUCAGUUUGGAUGGGUUAUGAUGAUGUGGAGGCUAUCAGAACUAAGAUUUCGUAUGCAAGAGAGAAAGGGCUUCUGGGUUACAAAGUAUGGCAUGUCGCCAAUGAUUACAAUUGGGAGCUUUCUAAGGCGGCAGCACAAGAAGAUGAGAAUGAUCCUAGAAACAAGAGACACCUGUUGCUAGUAAUCUUGCUUUCAACUGCAGCCACAUUAACCCUUCUACUAGUUUCUGCGACGUGGUAUCUGCGUCAGAGAGCAAGCAGAAACAAAGGAUUGAUGGACAACGAAAAAGAAUUGCAAUCUUUAUUCAAAUCUACCAUGGCAUCUCCUGGAAGUGCAAAUGCUCCUAAUUUGCUAGUAUUUAGUAUCAUUGACCUUGUGGAAGCUACCAAUAAUUUUUCAUUUGAAAAUAAGCUCGGAGAGGGUGGAUACGGACCUGUUUACAAGGGUAUAUUACGUAAUGGACAAGAAAUAGCAGUAAAGAGACUCUCAAGGACUUCUACACAAGGAUUUGAAGAGUUCAAGAAUGAGGUCAUGCUUACUGCUAAACUGCAGCAUGUAAAUCUUGUAAGAGUUCUGGGAUUUUGCACCGAAAAAGAAGAACAAAUGUUGAUCUACGAAUACAUGCCAAACAAAAGCCUGGAUCAUUUUGUCUAUGAUCCAAUGAGGGGAUCACUUUUAGAUUGGGGAAAACGAGUUCAAAUCAUUGAAGGGGUUACUCAGGGGCUCUUGUACCUCCAAGAGUACUCAAGAUUGACAAUAAUUCAUAGGGAUUUGAAAGCCAGCAACAUUUUGUUAGACAACGAGAUGAAGCCCAAGAUCGCGGACUUUGGCAUGGCUAGAAUUUUCCAGAAAGAUGAAUUCGAAGGCAACACUGACCGGAUUGUUGGAACAUAUGGUUAUGUACCUCCUGAAUAUGUAAAACGUGGCAUAUACUCCACUAAAUCAGAUGUUUAUAGCUUCGGAGUUCUUCUUUUACAAAUCAUUAGCGGAAAGCGGAAUAAUUGUUCACAUGGCCUUCAUGAAGACUUAAACCUUCUAGACUAUGCAUAUGAUUUGUGGAAGUGUGGGAAAUGCGUGGAGUUCAUGGAUCCAUCGCUCGACGAUACAGAAUCAUUUUGUAAAUUAGUGAGAUGCAUGCAAAUAGCUUUGCUAUGUGUCCAAGAAAAUCCAGCCGAUAGACCCUCCAUGUUGGAACUCUCGUCGAUGCUGAAAAAUGAAACUGCCGCCAUGAACACCCCCAAAAAACCUGCUUUUUCUACGAGAAGAGAUGAAGAUGAAGUUCAAGUUCAAGAGUCUACAUCUCAACAAGAAAUUUGGUCAGUUGGUGAUGUAUCCUUUACCCAAUUGGUAGCCCGAUGAAGGUUAAUUCUCCUUUUUUCCUGAAGUUUGGGCAAAUUAAUAUGAUUAUUCCUAUGCCUCUAUUUAUAUUGCCAGAAAUACAACUUGUCUUGCUCUAGAACAAUCAUUGCUCCUUUUUGUUCAUCAAUGUUGUUACUCUGGCAAUUUUUGUCAUUAUUCUUUGACCAGGUAUAGUAAUCACAAUGAUGGUAUGCAUUUAAUA